CCAGUCUGCCUUUACUGCUCUGCAGUGUCCAGUCGCUUCCUUUCCUGAGUGCCUCUAGCCCUAGGAUCUGUCCACUUGCUUGGCCGGCCUGGCCUGUCUUCCUUCUAGCUUUUCCUGCUCUGCGAUGCCCGGCAUUUGCUACCCCUUCAGCUGUUUCCUUGCCUCGGCUUUGGUGCUGUCUCUGCAGUGGCAACACCUGGGUGGGGGGUGGUCAUCAGCCGCCUCCAGUCAUCUCUAGUUGGGCUGUACAUUUGGAGCACCCAUCUCUCAUCCGUACCUUUUUUGGGUGAUGCAACUAUGCAGGGAUUUGAUGGCUAGAGGCCUGCAGUACUAGGGGCUGUGGUAUCUGGGAAAGGAAAAGCAUGGAAAAGAGAAGGGCCUGUCUUCUUUCUGGAUGGGGCUGGGCUGCUUGGCCUUGGCUGGGGCUGAAGAGUUCAGCUGUUGUUAUGGGAUGCUCCCUGAGCAGGGGCAUGGCUAGGGCAAUGCCAGGAAGCUGGUGAAGGCUUUCUUCUCCUCCACCAUGGUUGACGGCGUUAAAUAUGAAGUGGCCUCCCAGCAGGAGAGGGACGCCACCCCCUUGGCUGAUGAUGCCAGCCCCAAGCCAGAGCAGGUGCAGCUGAAGAAGGAGAUCUCGCUGCUGAAUGGCGUGUGCCUGAUUGUGGGGAACAUGAUUGGUUCUGGCAUCUUUGUCUCCCCCAAAGGCGUGCUUAUCUACAGUGCCUCCUUUGGCCUCUCCCUGGUCAUCUGGGCAGUCGGGGGCGUCUUCUCUGUCUUCGGGGCACUGUGUUAUGCAGAACUGGGCACCACCAUUAAGAAAUCUGGGGCCAGCUACGCCUACAUCCUUGAGGCCUUUGGGGGACUCCUUGCCUUCAUCCGUCUCUGGACCUCGCUCCUCAUCAUCGAGCCCACUAGCCAGGCCGUCAUCGCCAUCACCUUUGCCAACUACCUGGUGCAGCCCAUCUUCCCAAACUGCUUAGCCCCCUAUGCUGCUGCCCGCCUGCUGGCUGCUGCCUGCAUCUGUCUCUUAACCUUCAUUAACUGUGCCUAUGUCAAGUGGGGAACCCUGGUACAAGAUGUUUUCACCUAUGCUAAAGUAUUGGCACUGAUCGCCAUCAUCAUCGCAGGCAUCGUUAGACUUGGCCAGGGAGCCUCGACUCACUUUGAAAAUUCCUUUGAGGGUUCAUCAUUUUCAGUGGGUGACAUUGCUCUGGCGCUGUACUCGGCUCUGUUCUCCUACUCUGGCUGGGACACCCUCAACUAUGUCACUGAAGAGAUCCAGAACCCUGAGAGGAACCUGCCCCUCUCCAUUGGCAUUUCCAUGCCCAUUGUCACCAUCAUCUACAUCUUGACCAAUGUGGCCUAUUACACUGUGCUCGAAAUGAGGGACAUCCUGGCAAGCGAUGCUGUUGCUGUGACUUUUGCAGACCAGAUUUUUGGAAUAUUCAAUUGGACCAUUCCGUUUGCGGUUGCAUUAUCCUGCUUUGGUGGCCUCAAUGCCUCCAUCGUGGCUGCGUCUAGGCUUUUCUUUGUGGGCUCGAGAGAAGGCCAUCUCCCUGAUACCAUCUGCAUGAUUCAUGUGGAGCGGUUCACACCGGUGCCAGCUCUUCUCUUCAAUGGUCUCAUGGCGUUGAUCUACUUGUGUGUGGAGGACAUCUUUCAGCUCAUUAACUACUACAGCUUCAGCUACUGGUUCUUCGUGGGGCUCUCUAUUGUGGGUCAGCUUUAUCUGCGCUGGAAGGAGCCCAACAGGCCUCGUCCUCUCAAGCUCAGCCUGUUCUUCCCCAUUGUCUUCUGCCUCUGCACCGUCUUCCUGGUGGCUGUCCCACUCUACAGUGAUACCAUCAAUUCUCUCAUCGGCAUUGGCAUUGCUCUCUCAGGCUUGCCCUUUUACUUCUUCAUCAUCAGAGUGCCAGAACACAAACGACCUCUUUGCCUCCGCAGGAUUGUGGCCUCUGUCACGUGGUAUGUCCAGGUCCUUUGUAUGUCAGUUGCUGCAGAGAUGGAUUUGGAAGAUGGAGGAGAGCAGUCCAAGCAACAGGAUCCCAAGUCUGAAUAACCACAAGAAAUCUCGAGAUGUGGAAAGCAGGGGCUUUUAUCUCCUGCUGGCUGGAGGCAAGAAGUUGAAAAGGAAAGCUCACUUAUUUGGAGACACCUAUCCAGAAGCCUCUUAGGCAGCUUCAGCAACCUCUGAACUUGCUUUCUGAGAGAUGGAGAGUAAUUUAUUAGUUUUGCUACACAUUAUUCCAGGUUUCUUUAAAGGGACAUAAAACAGACUGUGAUGGGAAGCAUGCUAGGUGUGAGCUGGGAUGUUCCAGUGGCGUGCUCCCAUGUGUGAAGAUAUCCACUCACGUCCACUGUGCCUGCCCACUACUCUUCCACUGGAAAAUCCAACAGUGCUUUAACUGCCUGUCUCCUUUAGAGACGUGAAACGGUCACAGGUGCUAGACAAUAAAAGGGUAUGCUUCUAAA